GAUAAGAGUCACUAAUAUUGGCCAAAGACUCUCUCAACAUAUCUCUUGUGUCUCUCUAUAUAUACAAUCAAUCAAUAAAGAAGUUGUAAUAAUCCUAUAUAUCAUUGCAUUUCAAGUUGUGAUCACUUCCUUCACCAAAAAAAAGAAAAAAUGCCUUCCUCUUCCCCUUCCAAAGUUAGUCGUUUAUCCAUAUCAGAAAAUUCAAACGAAACAAAAUACAAAGAGAUAAUAUCAACACUACCAAAACUAGAUCCCCCUCAUCCUACUUAUGAAAUCAACCAAUAUAAUGGUUUUUGGUUCCAUUCUAGCACCUUAGAGGCAACUUUAUCCCUCUCGGAAAACUUCAAGGCUCAACCUUCUGAUAUUUACCUUUGUAGUUCUCCGAAAACAGGCACCACUUGGCUCAAAGCUUUAGCCUUUUCUAUUGUGACUCGUGAUCGUUUCUUGGAUGAUGACUCCUCUAACCCUUUACUCAAUAAGGUACCACAUAAUUGUGUACCUACAUUGGAAGUCGAUUAUUAUGCCAACCCUUCUUUCCUAGAUACUGAUUUGCCCGUGUUGGCUACACAUGUUCCUUAUGCUUGUCUACCCCGGUCUGUAUUAGAUUCCGAUUGCAAGAUCAUUUACAUAUGUAGGGAGCCUAAGGACACUUUCGUGUCUUGGUGGCAUUACGAUAAAAAACAACAAGAGAGUUUCGGUAUAGUUGAGAGUGGUAAGACACUCGAACAAGAAUUCAAAUGGUUUCAUGGUGGCAAGUCCAUGUAUGGACCAUAUUGGGACCAUGUUUUGGAAUACUUCAAAGAAAGUGUGCAAAGACCGGAGAGGGUGUUCUUCUUGACGUACGAGGACUUGAAGAGUGACACAUUGAACUAUGUCAAGAAAUUGGCGGAGUUCAUGGGGAAACCUUUCACCGAGGAGGAAGUGAAUCAAGGCGUGGUUGAAAAAAUAGUGGCACGUUGUAAUAUCAAAAGUUUGAGCAAUUUAGAGGUGAAUAAGAGCGGUUUUUUUGAUCUAAAACAGUGGAAAAUCAGUAAUAGUUCCUAUUUCCGUAAAGGGGAAGUUGGGGAUUGGAAGAAUCUUUUGACCGAGGAUAUGGCAAAAUCAAUUGACAAAAUAACAGAAGAAAAGUUUCAUCCUGUGGGCUUGAAAUUCCCAAGUGAAAAAUGAAUAUGGUUUUAUGCGACUAGCAGACCACAUCAUCCUCAAUCAAAUAAUGGGCACCGACUACGUUUUGGAGUUUUUCAUUUGAUUCUGUACUCUUUCUUCUUGUUCUUCUUGAGUUCUCUUGCACCAUUUCUUUGAUGUUUGCAUUUUGUUAUGGUUUACAAUAAAUUGGUUAUUCUGAA